AUGGCACGUCCGGCUCAAAUCAAACAUCCAGCAGUAACAUCUACUGAGCUGCCUACCUUACACUCACCUCCGUCUCUCUCACGGUCAAUCACUUCAUAUUCCUUGCCCUGCAAGAAAGAUUCUCUACAGUCCAGUACUGGCGAGAGCAUCAAUGACCAAGUCCGCGACUACCACCACCAAGUCAAAGCAACUCUUACAAACAUCCUCAACGACGACCGAGUAAAGCACAACCCCGACGGAACCCGAUGCGUCCAGAAGAUCCUCCUGGAGAAUGAACAAGUCAUGAGAAAACAACGGCGACAUUCACUCAGCACAUGUACCGCCAAGCGAACAAUGCUCUUUUGA